AUGAAGUAAUGUGGAAUCAAGAUUAUUGUUGCUAAAUAUUACAUAAGUUAUUUAAUCGGUUAAACUCAUUCUAAUGUCACGUACUUUCCACGAAUUUCCGCCAUUUUGGGGAUCCUCGUUACAGGUGGUCAGAAGCUUUAACGUCUGAUAUCCAGUCUAACUAAGGGGUAUCGUGUUGCCCAGGUAACUGGGUUGAGGAGGUCAGAUAGGCAGUCGCUCUUUGUGAAACACUGCUACUUAGCUGAAUCCGGUGAGAUUCGGCAUCCGGGGAACUGUUAAAUCAAGUCUGAAAACUACACCCAUUACCUACCAAAGGGGGAUUCAUAAAAUCGUAUUCUCAUAAGCCACGAUAAAAUUGCUUCUUCUUGUUAGCGAUUAAGAAACUAAAAUCGUCAUAUCAUAAAAUUUAACGCAAUUAUUAGUCUUACAAGAAAAUCAGGAGCAUAGUUUCAAUAAACAUUGUUUGCUGUGAUUGCAUUAUACAUAGAUAAGAAAUAUUAGCAGUCAAAUUUAUUGAUGCAACCAAGUUGUCAGUUAAUCGCUGUGUGUGCCUAAUCAAUUCUGUAAUUUUGUACGGAACCAUGGCAAUAGCUCGACCUUAUCUUCACAUUCAAAUUUACAAAGAAAUUAUUACUAAUAAUAAAUGUAUUGCAACCUUUGACAUAUAAAAGACGCCAUGAUAAAAAUAAACGUAAGUUUUAAUUUAUUUACAAGCAAAGGAAAUGGCCUACAGCCAAACAUUCAUCCUUUGUUUUUUAUUUUAUUUUGUUUUUGCGAUAGAAAAGUCAAAAGUGGUAGAUACGUCACAGGGGAAAGUCGAAGGAUUUUUGGCGGCAAAUGAGUUGUAUUACGAAUUUUGUGGAAUUAGAUACGCGAUAUUGAAGGGCAGAUAUGAGGCACCAGAAGACCCGCCAUCACACGACGGCAUAUUUAAAGCUGACAACCGCUACGUCUUUUGUCCACAAUUCCCCUCCAACGACGUCCUGUCAGCACCGAGCGAGGACGAAGACUGCCUCAUUUUAAAUAUAUACGUGCCAAACUUCACCAACACAACCUUACCAGUCAUGGUUUACCUACACGGAGGUGAUUUCGGAGUUGGGAGCAGCUCCCCAGUUUUCUACGGACCUCAUUAUUUAAUAAGUCAUGAAGUUAUCGUUGUUACUGUCAAUUUCCGAUUGAAUGCCUUAGGUUUUUUAAAUUUGGGGGUCAAAGAAGCGCCUGGCAAUGCUGGCCUGAAAGAUAUAAGGGCCGCUUUGAGAUGGAUUCAAGAAAAUAUUGAGAGCUUUGGCGGUGAUCCGGAUAAUGUGACAGUUUUCGGCCAAGGCAGUGGCGGUACAGCAGCUAUAUACUUAACAUUAUCACAGUCUUGCAACGGAUUAUUUAAAAAGAUUAUUUGUCAAAGUGGAACCCUGUUUUCACCUAAAUCGUUUGACGCCAACCCUUUGGCGACUGCGUCACAAGUUGCGAAAUCCCUCGGUGUCAAUACUUUAGAUCCUGAAGAAUUACUCAAUAUAUAUACUGAUGUGCCUAUAUCUAAAUUAGAGGAAGCUAUAGGCAAACAAAUGAAUGGAAAAUCUGUUUUCGUGCCUUCGGUAGAAAACUAUUUGGACUCAGAUCCGUUUCUAUGUGACAUACCGUUGAAUAUUUUGACAUCUGAUAACUUCAAUCCGGUACCAGCUGUUUUUGGCCUGAACACUGUCGAAGGACUAGCUUGCACCUUAGAUUAUUUCACAAUAACAAGUCAAAUUGACCGAAUGAAAAACGAAGAUUUAUCCGUAUUGGAUCAACGAAGUUUUAACGCGACCAAAGACGAGAAAAUUGAAAUUCGAGACCUGUUAAAAGACACAUACUUUGCUAAUAUAAGUACGGAUGAAAAUGUGCUCGGUGGGUUCAUAAAUAUGAACUCGGAUUUCAAUUACGUUGGCCCCAUGUCUUUAUUUGUGGAGUUGUACGCAAAUAACUCUGAUGUCGACGUUUACCAGUACAUUUUUAAUCAUAUUGGGUACAGGAAUUUGGGUAGACUCUUGACGAAUACUAGUUUACCAGCUACGACUAAUAUGGAUGAAUUGUUUUAUCUAUUUGAAUUGGAGCGACUGCCGCUACCGAUUAAUGAGGACGAUGCAAGAAUUAUCACGUUUUUGACAAUGAUGUGGACGAAUUUCGCUAAAUAUGGCACACCAACUCCUGAAAAAUCAAACGGUGAAUGGCUUCCAUAUCCUCAAAACCUGGCUAUCACUCUGGAACCUCAAUAUGUGGCGCCAUUAACACCUGACCGGGCACAAUUCUGGCGGUCUCUCUAUUUCAAAUACGGCGCCGAAAUUGAGCGGGAAAAUGACAGUGACAGCUAGUUGUGAACGCCAUCUUAGAUUUAUGUAUUUAUUGUGAGUUAAUCUUAGAUAAUUAAAUUGACUGUUUUAGAAUA